UGAUUUCAGUGGAUCAUGGAGCAGCGCUCUGACCGCGGUGUGUCGGAGUGUCGUGCCCGCACGGAUGCGCUUCUAACACGGUUACUUUUGCUCCGGAGCCCCGCUGAACAGAACUAAAGCUGGAGGAUCGGAUCGGUACCGAUGGCUGAUCCUCUGCGGAGGACAAUUCUAGCCAAACUCAGGGGCAAGAAACCCAAAGGGAAAGACGCGAGCACCGCGAAACGGCCAAGAGAAGGUAAAGAAAAAGCUUCUCAAACGCAGACAGAGAGAGAUUACAUUUCACAUGCGAUGAGGGGUGAGGAGAGGUGUGUGGCCCCUCUCGGCUGCAGCGCGGCUCCCCGGUACGCUGUGCGUGUCACCGGGUUCUCAGGGCCCGGGGGUCCCGCUGAUCAAAGCGAACGCACCGAGCGGAGGCGUCUCCAAACGCCGCGGGUCCGCGGAGACUCGAUCGGCUUCAGCGGCUGCGAUUUAAAACCCCGACGAGAGGCUUUAAAGCUAACAGAUGGCCAAGAUAUAAAGAAUAAAGGACCAAAUGUUACACUACUCGAGCAAAAGGCCGGGGAAAACAUUACGAGCGACUUUGAACGUCACGCCAGGGGCCCCCAGCCUCAUGUGUUUGAUUAUAUAGACGCUGAAAGCGAUUUAAUUCAGGUUAUAGAGAGUUCGCUGGAAUAUCAUGGAGAUUUUAGGAUGCCCGCAUUACAAAGUCCGACUUUUUUCCCCACUGAUCUGAAAAUAACAGUGGCCCCUGGGCUGAGAGACGGGGCCCCUCGACACCACUCAGUCGACAGCGAGGACGACGAUUAUUAUGAUAACCAAACUCUGCCCUUUUAUGAGUCUCACACUCACUUGAAAGAGCGAAAUACGAAUAUCGGUGAGCCGAUAUCGGCGUCAGAAUCUAACGAAACCGACAGAUUGAAGUCCCAACUGAAAGAGGCGUAUUAUUUGCUAAUAAACACAAUGCACAACAUCAGUUUCGACGGUCAGGUCGAAGAUAACGGAUUUGUGGAUCAGGCCAGUAGCGCUAGUCGAUCCCACGACAGCGUUAGCACAGAAAGCGACGCGUGUUCGUCCGAAGAACGUAACGAUUCUGCGUUUCUCGGACGAUGUGGGGUGGGUCUGACGGGGUCUUCGAAGAGCAGAAGCUUGCAGAAUAUUCGCGACGCGAGUCCCAAAAUGACGCUCCAGCGGUCGGUGAGCGACAGCAAGGUGAAGUACUCGUCAAACCGCGAGGAAGAGUUGCGAGCCGCCGUCGCAUCGGGUCUCGAUGUGCAACAGGCGAACCCUACGGAAGCCCUCCCGACGCUUGCUUCAUCGCGCAGAUCCUGCGACGACGCAGCGGUGCCCAAACAUCCCGGAGUCACCGUCAACAAGAUGCAAGAGUGGAUGCAGAAAGGUCGCGUGCUUUCGUCCGAGAUGAAGCAGAGGAUCGCGGGUUCCUCGCUGAGAGCCAAUCACGUGAGGCAGCAGACAGCACCGGUGGAGUCCGUCUCCGGCCCCUCUGUAUGUCAGCGAGACUCCAGCGCACGUCAGGCCCCGUUCAACCACAUCACCGUCUCCAAAAAGCGCCAGUGGCUCCAGCAGAGCUGCACUCGGCCCGAGGACGUCACAGCGCCCCCUGCAGCCGAGGAGGAGCGCACACAGCCACAAACACACCCUCCAUCGGCCGCUAACUCACGUCUAACAGGCAAAGAAGCGCCGGACCCAGCCGAGGACAACGCCGACGCCGACGAGGGAGAGAUCUGGUACAACCCCAUCCCAGAGGAUGAAGAGGGCGAUCUGCCGAACUGUGUUCCCGCCGUCAGAAUCCAGACGGGACGAGCGAGAGACGAAACACAGACGCAGGAGGAGAGCAGAGCCACAGAUCCUUCAGAGCAAUCCACUGGUGGACUUUCUCCCUCUUCUAGUCCCAAUCUAGCUAAAAGGAGCACUGUUAUCAACUGGUCUUUUCCUGAUAAAAUCAAGUCACCACGGACUGUCCGAAAACUGUCCAUGAAGAUGAAGAAAUUGCCUGAUCUGAGUCGGAAGCUUAGCGUUAAAGGGACCCCAUCUAGCACUGUGGCCAUCAGCAACGGCCAAUCAGAAACCAGGGCCCACUCACCUAGAGCCAAUGGGAUGGCAGAGUUGGGCCAGUCCCAGCCCAGACUGUCCCCUGCGGGUGUGACGACUGCAUUGGCGAGUGGUAAUGUGAUUUGGCGAUACCAUCUGGACAGCAGUGUUUCUUCGCAGCACAACUUUGAUAAGAGAAGGAGCAACACCAGUGGCGUUCCCAAAUCGGCCAGUAAGGGAGGUUACCUAAGUGAUGGAGACUCACCCGAACUUGUAGCCAAGUCAGGAAAGCACGGAAACUCGGACAGAAAGAACGGUAAAGCCCCAGACAGGGAUCCCAAUGGGAAUGGCGGAAGUCCGAAGCUCCCUGGCACGGAGCUGGAUAUCGAUGCCUUCCGUUCGUACAGUUUCUCUGAGCAGCCAAAGUGCCUAACGUACAUCUCUGGACUAAUGAGUCUGCACUUCUAUGGCGCAGAGGACCUAAAGCCACUGCGGGUUGAUUCUCGUGACGUCUACUGCGCCAUCCAGGUGGACUCUGUCAACAAAGCUCGCACGGCCUUGCUGACCUGUCGGACAGCCUUCCUGGAUAUGGACCACACCUUCAACAUUGAGCUGGAGAAUGCUCAGCACCUCAAACUUGUCGUCUUCAGUUGGGAGUCAAUUCCGCGAAGGAAUCGAGUGUGCUGCCAUGGAACUGUGGUUCUCCCGACCUUGUUUCGUGUGAGUAAGACGCACCAGCUUGCGGUCCGCUUGGAACCACGUGGAAUGAUCUACGUGAAGCUGAGCCUCAUGGAGCAGAGGCAAAACUCUCUUGAUGGCCCAGAGGGGGAUCAUGAAAUGCAGGUGUUUGGCCUAGAGGCUCAGCGCGUGGUGGAACGGGAAGCUUCCGGAUUAAUGGUUCCAUUGCUCAUCGAGAAAUGCAUCUCUGAGAUCGAGAGGCGGGGUUGUCAGGUGGUGGGUCUGUAUCGUCUGUGCGGUUCGGCUGCGGUGAAGAAGGAGCUGCGGGAAGCGUUCGAGAGGGACAGUCACUCCGUCGAGCUCUCGGAAAACAACUACCCUGAUAUUAACGUCAUUACAGGCGUGCUGAAGGACUAUCUACGUGAGCUUCCUCAUCCUCUCAUCACCAAGCAGCUGUAUGAGUCCGUUCUGGACUCGAUGGCCAAGAGGCCGCUGCAGAUGGGAAGCGGCGGCUGCGAGAACGACCCGGUCGACUCGGAUCACGCCGUCAGCUCACUGGAGCUCCUGCCGGAGGUUGAGAAGGCGACCCUGCGGAAGCUUCUGGAUCACCUGAAGCGCGUGGCGUCCCAUCACAAGGUGAAUAAAAUGACCUGUCAGAACCUGGCGGUGUGUUUCGGGCCGGUUCUGCUCAGCCAGAGACAGGAGGCGUCCUGCCACGGGAACCGGGUCUUCAUCGACUCCGAGGAGCUUGCCAGCGCUCUGCACUUCAAGAAACACAUCGAGGUCCUUCAUUACCUGCUCCAGCUCUGGCCAGUUGUGGACGCUCAGGGUAAAUCUUCUUCUCCGGUUCCUUGCCCGGUGGAGUCGCUCCCAGCAGCAACAGCUGCCGUAAGGAGGAGGAAAGAGCGUCCACAGGUGCUGAAUCUAACCGAGGCGGACAUGGCAGGCGUUUUGCGGCCCAGAGCUGGCCGGCUGGACAGUCCCAGUAACCGUUAUGCUGGGGACUGGAGUGGAUGCCAGGAAACGUACCUCCAACCGAGCUGCCCAGAGGAGGCAGACUAUGACGACGUUCCCAGAGCGUCUCCAAACGCAGAACAGGAGGACUUAUCAAAGGGUACUGGAGAUGUAAUCUCUGAACAAGAGUUGCCCGAGGUGGACGAGGCAGUGGAGAGGGUUGAGGAAAUGCAGAUAGAGGAGGAAGAGGAAGAGAGUGAGGAAGAGAAUACAAUAGUUUUGGACAAGCUACAAGUGGAGGAACCUCUUUCCACCAGCCCCUGCAAUCAGAUCCUCCCUGAUCACGAGGAGCACCGACCCAAAGAGCACACCUACCAGGCCUACAUGAAGAUUCAGGAGAUUAGCCCAGUCCUAAGCAACAGGGUCAACCUGCGUGACCUGCAGGAGAGCAUUGACACUCUAAUCGGCAACCUGGAAAGGGAGCUCAACAAGAACAAGCUCAACAUAGGGUACUGACUCUUUACCAGAGCAGUCGAGAUAUGGUGGUGAUUGCCUAGAGACAUCAGCACUAUGGAACUUUCUUGCUCCCAUGCACACUUGGGAUGCAUGUACAAGAAGACAUUCCUCACUUCUGAUUUGUUUUCAUUUGUCUCCUGGUCUCCAUGUUGUUCAGCUCAUCAUUGUUUUUCUUCUUAUGAGAAGAACUCAUUGAAUCCUGAGGGGUGCACCAGGUGCCUUCAUUGUGUUAAGGUGGUGCUUACGAUGGCAAGAGCUUUUUUACUUUCUACGGAGGUACAAAAUAUUACGAUGAAAACCAAUGCACUUAUGGGGCCUGCUGUUAGGCACGGCCAGUUCAGGUACAGGUGUGAAGCCUUAUGGUGGGAGAACUAGGUACUAUAGAUACAUCCUUAUACCAUGGGUACUCAGUCCUGCUCAUGGAGAUCCAGCUUCCACUUUAGUUCCAACCCUACAAACACCAGAUAAUCAAGGUCUUGGGGUUCCCUUAAAGAGGUAGAUCACAGAAGCAGGAUUGAGUACCCUACCCUAACCCCAGCCCUACGACCCUGAACACUACAUCAGGGAUCUUGAAUGCAAAUUACCUAUUGAGGAGAUGGUGUUAGACUCCCUAAACUCUGAAUGCUAUAUCCAAACCCUAACCCUAACCCUAUCCUGACCCUAAACAAGGGGUGUCCAAUCCUGCUUCUGGAAAGCCACCUUCAUCUCUAGCUCUAAUUAAACACACUUAAUCCAGAUAAUCAAGGAGGAGGGUAGAUUCACUUAAAGAGGAGGUAGAUCACCAAGAGCGGAAUUGAGCACCCGACCCUGAACCCUACAUCAGGGUACUUGAACGCAAAUUACCUAGUGAGGUGGUGUUAGUUGGUAGUUUAAAAUCCCUGCACCGUACUCCCUAAACUCUGAAUGUUAUAUCUUAACCCUAUCCUAAACCUUACACCCACACCCACUGUGUUCGAUCCUGAUCCUGGAAAUCCAUCUUCCUGUAGUCUUCACCCUUUAAACACACUUGAACAAGCUAAACAAGGUCUUGGGAUUUGUUUAAAGAGGAAGGUAGAUCACCAGGAGCGGGAUUAAGCACCCCAACCCAACGACCCUGAAACUUAUAUCAGGGGUCUCAAACGCAAAUUACCUAGUGAGGUGGUGUUUGCUGGUAGUUUGAGAUCCUUGC